UCGCGGUGGUGGCACGGGCCUGGAGCCCGGCAGUGGCGGGCAGAAUGAGUCUGCAGGUCCUAAAUGGCGAAAACGUCACCAGUGAAAAAAGUACAGAAAGCUCCGACUUCCUGUUUUCACCACCACAACUUACCGGAAGCUUGUCUGUUCUUCGUCCAUCACAGAAAGAAAAUGUCCCACCCAAGAACCUGGCCAAAGCUAUAAAGGUGACUUUUCAGACCCCUCUGCGGGAUCCCCAGACACAUAGAAUCUUAAGUCCCAGCAUGACUAGUAAACUUGAGAUGCCUUUUGUGCUGGAUGACACCACUGGGUUGGAAAACUCUCACCAGGUCUGGACACAGAAAGAGAACCAACAGUUUAUCAAGGAAGUGGACUCCAAAACGACCAAUGGAAUUUUGCAGAAACAAGUGGUGGCUGGUACUGACACUACUGCAGGGAAUACAUCUACAGCCUUUGAAGGUGGCAUCUCCAGGGAGCUGGGCCUGGAUCCCCCUGCCAACCCACGGGCUUCCAGCUCUCCCCAGAGCCCAGGAAGUCUCAGAAGCCAGGUGGCAUCUUCACAGAAAACUUCUGGCUGCCCUGAGCGAGCACUGGAGGAAGCUGCUAGAACUCCUUCCUCAGACUGGAGUGUGACACCCUUCUCUGAGACCCUGGGAGACCCUCCCAGGACAGCAGACACCCCCAAAGCAGAGAUUCCUCUCAGGGAUGAGGGAGAAAGUGCAAGUGGCGGGGGCUCUCCCUCCUCAGCCACAGCUGCUGCACCUCCGGGCAUAAGCCCCAAGGGAGCACGUGGAGGGGUGUCCCCAGCAGGCCUGCCUAGUGAGGCCCCAGCCUCCCCUGGGGGUGUGAGCAUCCCCAUGCCAGCAGACAGUGCCCAGUCCCUGACCCAUCCUGAGAAUGUAGCUGCACCUGGGCCCUUGGUGGCUGACAGGUCCACAACCCUGAGUCCUAGGGAAGAGGCCACUGGCCAAAAGGCCAACUCCUGGCGGAGUGAACCCAUAAGACUAGAAUUUGAUUUUUCUGAUGGUGUCACUAGCAAAAGGGCACCCCCACAGAGGAGACUUGGAAAGAGACCUGGCCUCAAACCCCCCUCAAAGAGAACGGAGGUGAGGCAAGAGCAGGCCUCCCAGGAGGCCGAGGAGGGAGGCACAGGUAAGGGGCAAGCUGAGCACCCCAAGCCUGCCUCCCGAGGCUCUUACCACCUCGACUGGGACAAGCUGGGUGGCCCAGACUUAAACCCAUUUGGAGGCGGCGCCAAGUCUGCUGACAGGGAAGCCAGGCCCCCAGGAAGUCCUGAGACCAUGCCAGCCCAGCCUGUGGCUGCACAGCUGGGAGAUGAGCCUCAGGCCACCGAAGACUCAAGUGUGAGCCUGCAGCUGUUUCCAGCCUCAGUGGAGGACACCCCAGUGAUGCAGACAGCAGCUGAGACCACGAGUGCAGAUAGUAAGGCAGGAGACAAGAAUUCUUCGGGCACAUCGGCUCCCACAAGCUAUCUGGGCAGUGAGGCUGGCCUCCCUGCUCAUCAUGGGCCGCAGCUUGCCUUGGAGCUGAGAGAGGAGAGCUUCAGAGACCCUGCUGAGGUUCUAGGCACCGGGGCUGAGGUGGACUACCUGGAGCAAUUUGGAGCUUCCUCGUUUAAGGAGUCAGCCUUGAGGAAGCAGUCCUUAUAUCUCAAGUUUGACCCACUCCUGAAGGACAGUCCUCAUCGACCAGAGGCUGUGACCACUGGGCCAAACAGCUUGCAAGACAAGGACCAGCCUUCCUCAGGAAACCCACCAGAAGCCACCCUUGUGGAGCUUGACUUCUUAGGAGCACUGGAUGCACCUGUGCAGGGCCCAUCCCUGUGCAUCCUUGGGCCUGGGGGUCCACCCCUGCCUUCCACGGGGCCUAUCCUGGACCUGCUGCAGUACAGCCAGAAGGACCUAGACAUGGCCGUAAAGGCAGCACAGGAGGAGAACCUGGAGCUGAAAAGCAAGUGUGAGGAGCUGCACAGGAGAAAUGUGGAGCUAGGGAAGAUCAUGGACAGGUUUGAGGAAGUCGUGUACCAGGCAAUGGAGGAAGCUCAGAAACAGAAAGACCUUGCCCAAGCUGAAAUCCAGAAGGUUCUAAAAGAAAAAGAGCAACUUAUUGCAGAUCUGAACUCCAUGGAAAAGUCCUUCUCCGACCUCUUCAAGCGAUUUGAGAAGCAGAAGGAGGUGAUUGAAGGCUAUCGCAAGAAUGAAGAGUCAUUGAAGAGGUGCGUUGAGGAAUACUUGGUGAAGAUUGACAAGGAGGGCCAGAGGUACCAAGCACUGAAGGCCCAAGCAGAAGAGAAGCUUAAGCUGGCAAAUGAAGAGAUUGCCCAGGUCCGGAGCAAGGCCAAAGCAGAGGCCUUGGCCUUGCAGGCAAGUCUGAGGAAGGAGCAGAUGCGGAGCCACUCUCUAGAGAAGAUGGUGGAGCAGAAGACUAAAGAAAAUGACGAGCUGACCAGGAUCUGUGAUGACCUCAUUUCCAAGAUGGAGAAGAUCUGAUCAGAAGCCACUGACCAGCCACCGCCUUCCCUCCUGUCUGUCUUAGUUUUUAUGUUCUUUCUACCCUCUUAACUUCCCAACUUUUUUUAA